AAAAUAAAAAGUAAAGUCAAAUUGUAAAUCCAGUAGAAGUUAACAAAAACCUCAAUCGCCACAGUUGCAUUUAAGUUUUUUAUCAUUUCGGUCUCCAAAUCGCAAAUAAAGGCUGCUUGAAGUAAAAUUGUUGCACUUUUCAUAUUCCAGGGACUCUUCGGUGCUCCGGUGCCUCUUAACGCUCGUUUGCGUGCGCUGCGACGGGCUUCGCCGGUGGCGCUGCGCCGCAGGUGCCUCCGACUGCGCGGUGGCGCUGCGCAGAGCACGACAUGUCCGACUAGCAGCUGCCUGCGGCCGCCUACUGCACGUUUACCCCAAAGUGAACCGGCCGCGUCAGAGAGAUGGGGCAGUGCGGCGUCACGUCGUCGAAAACGGUCCUGGUCUUCCUGAACCUCAUAUUUUGGGCCGCUGCUGGUAUCCUGUGCUACGUGGGCGCCUACGUCUUCAUCACAUAUGAUGACUACGAUCACUUCUUUGAAGACGUGUACACCCUCAUCCCUGCGGUGGUCAUCAUUGCAGUUGGAGGCCUCCUCUUCAUCAUCGGGCUCAUUGGAUGCUGCGCUACAGUGAGGGAGAGCUACUGUGGGCUCACCACGUUUGUCGUCAUCCUCCUGCUGGUGUUCAUGACGGAGGUGGCGGUGGUGGUUCUCGGGUACGUUUACAGAGCAAAGGUUGAAGAUGAAGUUAACCGCUCUAUCAAGAGCGUGUACGACGACUACAGCGGUACAAACAGCAACGCACAGAGCCGCGCCAUCGACUACGUCCAGAGACAGCUUCACUGCUGUGGGAUCCACAGCUACUCCGACUGGCGGUACACACCCUGGUAUGAGGAGUCAAAGAACAACAGCGUGCCCAUCAGCUGUUGCAUAGCAAGUGUUGACAGCUGCACGGGGUCCCUCAGUCGUCCUGAGGACCUCUACCAGGAAGGCUGUGAGGCUCUGGUGGUAAAGAAGCUGAAGGAAAUCAUGAUGUACGUCAUUUGGACUGCUCUGACAUUCGCUGCCAUCCAGAUGCUGGGGAUGCUCUGCGCGUGUGUGGUGCUGUGUCGCAGAAGCAGGGAUCCCGCCUACGAGCUGCUCAUCACGGGGGGCACGAUCGCCUGAAGGAGACCGCCUAAACGCACACUCAGAAUGUCAGAGCAUGAGAAUAACCUCUUACCACACUAACUAAAUCAAAGCUGCAUAGAGUUACCUGUCUUUCCAACGCGAAGAGAAAAGCUGAUGACCAAACUAAUGGUCAGCGGGAAUAAGAAGUAGAAAGCACCGUGGCUCAGAGGAGGAGGAGUCACGUGGAGCUCGGUCCUGGUUUGCACUGUGUCUGUCUUUUAUACUAUUUAAAUCUGUCAUGUACUUGAAUGAAAGGGUCUAUAGCUUUACUCUGUACCCCCACUAUUAAUACUACUGCUAUUACUGUUGUACUCAUACUACUACUACUACUACUACUACUACUACUACUACUACUACUACUAUUACUACUACUUCUAUUACAGCUUAGGUGUAGGUCACUUGUCACCAGCAGUAUUGUGUCAAGUAACAGUGGACACCACAGUCCACAUAACAGGUUUUAACAAAAACUGAUUCUUCACUUAGUUUUGCUUUUCUGGCUUUUAUUAAGUUUGAACCCUGUAAUCUCCUUUUAGUGUUUGGGAUUGUUAGGUAGCAACGAGAAGACUUAAGAACGUGAAUAAAAUGUGAGGGGAAAGUUCAA